AUGGACCAUUCGCCGUCGAUAAUCACACAAGUAACCAGAGAAGAGGAGGAAAACGCGGCUUGUCGUGAGGAAGGUGAGUUAGAGAAAAAAAAGUUUGUGUGAACUUUUCAGUAAAGCUGCGCAUGACAAUGUCAGAGAGGGGGCACGAGACAGCCGUGUUUACAGGACGCCACGGUGUCACUAAAGUCAGCCGAGACUCCUGGAUCAGGGUCCGGGUCUGACACCAGACUUUAAAGAAGGUUUCUAUCCUUGAAUGUUACUGUUGGAAAGCUUUGGAGCAGAUUGGAGUGAGUUUAAAGCCGGUAGUCUUUGGGUAGGCCAGAACCAUGCGCAGCCGCUUAGGAGUCUUAAAAGUACAAAAAUAGCAGGAACUGAAGUGUGAAUGAGUUCAAAACGCAAAAAACACACGGUUAAACAGGUUUAUUACAGUGUUUUCGUGCAGAGUAUGGUCAUUACUUCACUAAAUAAGGUUUCUUUGUAAAGGGGGCGGGGUCAUUCUGACAGUUCAGUGUUUUUAUUUUGGUCUCUGAUGCUGAGCUGCUGCUGCUGCUUCAGAUCAUCUCCUGUUGGUGUUUUUAAUGGCACUAAAAAUCACAUCUAACCUUCCCAAAAAUACGAUCACUCAUUGGAUAGAAAGCAUUAUUUAACUCCCAUAAAGUCUCUACCAAGAACAAUAAAGUCCCUGUUAUUCAAAAUUAUAGUCAGAAAAAGGUGCUUCAUGGAAAAGCAUCAGCGAUUGAUGAUUCAGUAUCAACAGUAUGAAGAUAAAGGCCCAGUAUGUACUGUUAUGGUUAACAUUAUAUGACUUAAUGCAUGAUGAGAAAUUACAAGCCCUUUUCUUCAUGUUUAUUUUGCAAAAAGAAAUGUAUUUUACAAACAAUUGAUGGUGUCUUUAUGAUUUUCAUGUCCUCUUACUUUACCUGGUGCUCUCCUGUAUCUUACCUUUCUUUUUAUUUAGCUACCUGGUGCAGAAAUGAAUCCUAAAAUAUAUGAGUAAUGAUACGCAAGAUGUCAAACUUUCUCACUGUAAAAAAAAACAAAAAAACAACUACAAAUGCAAUAGUUAAGUUUAAAGACUGAUAAUAGCGCAAAUAAGUAUAUGAAUUAUUAUUAACGAACAGUUCUUAAACAGCUGAACGUUAACAGCCAUUUGUCUGUUCAUAAAUUAACACAAACUAAAAGUUUAAUGUCACAAUUAACUUUAUAUUUUACAGCACUUUUUGUAAGCCUGGAGUACUUAAACUCACUUUUUAAACUACCAAACUUUACAGAGACGCUUUACAAAAAAGAGCCGGUCGAGACCAUACUCGUUAUAUUUACAAAGACCUUGUGACAGAAUAAGACUGAGUCUGAUCCUGUGACUUUAAACAAGCAAGAAAAUAUAGAUUAUUUAAUAAAAUGUAAGACUGAAAAAUAAGACGUCUGUCAAAAAUAAGAAGUAAGAUUAUUAUAUAUAUAUUUACUGCAAUCUGAUGAUUAUUGAUGUAUAAUUUACUCUAAUAACCUACCAGCACUCUGAAGUUCCUUGUUAUUGAGUGAGUCGAACCCUGAUGGACUCAGAGUUAACUGUUGGACAAUAUCUGCCCUUGGAGCUGUAGAGUUACAACUCACCCUCUAUGUGAAGGGUCCGUCAAUCACUGAAAAUGUAUUCUAGCCUGUCAGCUCUACAUGCACAUAAAAACUUGUGUACUUAAGUCACUGACUAGAGUCUUGCUGUCGCUCUGGAUACAGAUUGACAGACUGUUGUAUCUAACUGAAAUGAAUUUUGUAUAAUUAUUCACCCCAAAACGUCCUCCCAUAGGCUCUUAUCAAGAUUUUGGAUUAGAUUAUUAGAUUAAGAUGGAUCAAUAAAUAAUGAAUAAAUAACCUCUGAUGAGCGGAUGAUCAUUGCAGUGUUUCUGUUGUUUCUGUUUGUGAAACUCAGUCCAAUCAGAAGGUGGCAGUACUGUCUAACUGUGCAGGAUCCCUAAAGCCUGCUCAGAUUUUUACCUCCUGGCUCAGGGGUCAAAAGUCCAAAUCAUGGCUGCUGUCCAGCUGAGAGGCGCCACAAAGACAGGAAACUGUUUUAAAAGUCUUUACAGGGGAUUUCAAAGUUGUAAUUUAGUGAAUGUCACAGAUUUUGAAGUUUCAUUCAAGGUUUGGAUGUGUAUUUAUCUAAUUUCUCAUGCGCAGCUUUAAGUAAAUGCAUUUUGAGGGACAUGAUACGACUUCUAUUAAUCUAUAUUUACAAUUUAUGGUCCUGUCAGGGAUUUUGUGCUCCAGCGGUCACAUUUCCCAACACAUCAGAGCGCAACAACCUCGACUGUAGUAAUUAUAGUGUUUUUUACGACUCUGGACAUCAGAAAGACUGUAGGGUGGACACGUUGACAUCUUCAUACCUGGACCUGACCUGACUUUGGUCCUGCUCGGCCACCAUGAACCUGCUGUACCAUUUGCUCCGUGGAGGUGUGAAGCGACUUGUCAGAUUGUAACAGAAUAUCGAGUGUCAAAGUUUCGGAAAGUCAGUCGUGGGAGGCCUCAUUCUUUCUGCGUCUGGAUAGGAAUAGAAGCAGCAGAGUUUGAAGGCAUGCCUUCACGUAGUCUGAAAGCUCCCCAGAUAAGCCCGCUUUUACUAAGUAGGCUAAAACAUGCUGUUGUGGCGUGAGGUCGUUGCUGCCCCUCGAAAAUGCUGCAACCUCAUUAUCGGGGUCUGAAACUCUUGGAUGGGGAGGUGUGAGGAAUGCCGCUGAACUGCUUGCUUCUUGCACAUUUCUGCAGCUUAAUUAGGAGGAAAUUAGUCCAGUUUAAAUUAGUUUAAAGCGCAGACGUAGUGUGAAGGAAGAAGUGGUGCUCUGCUCGCCUUUUGGGAUGCUGCUGCCCUCUAACAUCAGUCUGAUCAGAUACACCUGUAGUGCUAGCUCCAACUUAGAAACAUUUUGUAUUUUUUUAGACUUGUCAGCUGAGAUUCCUGGGAGUGUUUUGGAAAAGAUUGCUGUGGGGUAGGUAUUUUUUUGGCUAUGGUGUGCCAAAAACCACCUGAUCGUGUUGUGAUCAGUGAGUUAACACCCGUUGACCUAAUUAAAAGAAGACGAAUGUGCGCGCAGUCUUCUCAAUAAGAGUUUUGAAGCUAAGAUCAGCAGCCAAACUCACACCCAAGUUUCUCUUACCCACAAAGUGUCGUAAAGUUUUCAGAAAAUCGUUGAAAAAUAAAGUGUAACAAGCUUAUCUUGAGUGAAAAGUUAGAUUGAGUUCUUUGGACCUGUCAGGUUUUGACUGUUUCAGCUCAGCUUGGUCUGCAAACUCUCCUGUGCUCUUUAAAAUCUGCUUACACAACUCUGAUCGGUAUGUGGCCCUUAAAGACUGUUGAAGUGUCUAUAUUAGAAGUGUAUCCCCGGUCCAACAUACCAUGUAUAUGAGCCACCUGCAGAUCAGGAUCCAGCCUGCACAUGUUACCGCAGUACUGAAUGUCUGUUACAGUUCCGCAGCUCAUGAGAUCAGAUUUACGCCGGCGUACGUUUCACACCGUUUGGUCAAUUUUCUUCAAAAUGCUCAAACUUGUGUAUCUUGUAUAUCUGUGAAUUCUUAGGCUCUUUACUGCUUUAGUUAAGCGCAUACUGUCAUGUUGAGAAAAAUUGGUUCACCCAUGUCAUGCUCCCCUUUUAUUUUUAGCCUCACUUGUGGCGGGGCUCUGGGGAUGGCCAUGUUAGCGUGCUUAUAAUUACAAGUAGGGGAACAAACUUGAAAGCAUACACCCUCAGCAGGGGUCCUACUUUAAUCCCUGCUGAGAAAUAACCCAAAACUGUACCCACAAAUCCCCUGCUUUACCAAACUUGUUUGAUUGAAAAUCAUGAAAUACCAUCUGCAGAUGCUUUGAGAGAGUAGUGUAACUAUUACAGAAUUACCUGCUCAGUUUUAUAUUUAUUUAACAUCAUGUAGAAAACAGUCAUAAAGCUGCAAAUCAGUCAAAGUGUAACAUAAUGCAAGUUUAUGAAGAUAUCGGGUCAUGACUACAGAUGCAAAUGUUUGCACUUGUAGGAUAUCUAACUCACCGGCUUUAGUUUGUGUGGCGCCGAAACUCGACCAUAAGAAACCAGUCCACUACUGAGGACUGUUAGUUUUGUUGAGGUGCCAGAAAAGUGUGUCCUGAAUACGUUAGCCUUUUCCGGUGCUCUAUUUUCAGCCCAUGAAUGCAGUUAAGCUAAAAGGCAUCUUUCUCACCAUUGUAAACAUCCAGACUACUGUUUAAUUUGACGGACGCGCACAGCUGUGGCGAAAGAUCUGGACUGAAGUCGGUCCAAAAUUCUGGUUUUAUGAAAGUAGCUGGAAAUCCAAAAACUGUCACUUUGGUGUAAAAGUUAAUUUCCAAAAGAGCCGUAAAGUAAAAUAAAGUUUAUUUUUCUACUUCUGAGGAGCUUUUUGACUCGGCUCUUUAUGGACCAAUCUGCAUUUGCUCGUCUGAUGUCUGAUAUUUUAAGAUGAUGAUAACAAUGGCGUUGAUGAAGACACUGUCGCACUGUGACAUUGUAAAAGCAUUGUGCUUUCUUUGAAGUGCCUAUCAACAGCAUGCCAUACAUGUUAGCAUACUAACAUGCUUCACAGAGACGAAUAGGUCAGAUCUACCUACAGGAGUUAUCCUCCUUAGAGUCAGCCGAGGGUACAGCUGUGUAAAAAAACAACAUCUGUGAAUGAAUUCAUGAAUUAACUUUAAAAAAGAGUGUGUUUUCGACCAACAUCUUCACUCUGAUACUAUGCACUGAUGCAGAGGAUGUUUUAAAGUAGAAAUAAAUGGCAUUACAUGAUCAGUCGACUUGAGGAUUGAGGCAAAAAAAGGCGGAGCAACACAGUACUUAAUAAAACCUCAUCAAUAAACACAAUAACUUUCGUCAUCACCUAUUUCUAACGAUCCUCAUCACCAGCCCUGCAACUAAACUUGUUCACGUUACCUCAAAAUUGAUCGUUUGUCCAUCAUUAUUCUGACUUUUUGUCCGUCUUUAGGUUGCUUUAUCUCCCACAUGGUUGACCUAUUUUGUCUGCUUUUAUUUUGAAGUACAAGCUACUUCCUGCCAAUGUAAAUGAAAACAAUUAAAGGAAGGGCUUAAGUGUUUUGUUUUCUUACUUAAUGUUUUGUUGUUAAAAGCCAAUAAGACUAGGAUGUCGGUGAACGGGAGAGUGCUCUGCAACAACUCAUCUGAAACGGACACAAAUCUGUUUUUAAAAGCGUGAUGAAACUAUUAAAAAUAAGUCAGUUCAAAAUAUAACUUCGUUUACAUCUCGUGACCCUCUUAUUUUAGAUCAUAACACCGUCUAAUUGGCGUCUGUGCCACCUGUGUCACCACUGGGAUUGUGUUUAUGUUGACAUGUGUAACACAGACAUGGUCAUUGGGAAGCUUUGGGAAUGACGUGAUGCUGCAGUAUAUACAGCGUAAGUUAAAUUUAGCUUGUUUUUUAAGUUUAUGCAGAGACGCAUUUCGUUUUCCUCUCCUGGCUCCACAACAAAGUUUUAUUUUUUGCUCUUCAUGGCGUGAGAAUAGUAUGCAAUGAUAAAUAUUGUCACUUCUUAUCUCAUUAUUAACCUCUGUCUGCAGCUGCUCGGACUAUUUCGGGGCACUGUGAUGUGUAAUGUCAAAGGAGGUAAUGCACAGAGUUGCGUGAUGUUUUUAAACACUUUAGGGAAGGCUUCACCUGCCUGAUUCCCUCACACUUGUUUGCACACAAACCUUUCAUCCGAGGACCAAGACUGGAAUGUCCAAACAAGCACGCCCGCAUGUGCCUAAUGACAGGUCUCUAGUGGCCUCGUCCACUUUGAGCCUCAGCUGAAUGAAGCAGUCAGCACACCAGAGCCAUCGCGAACGACACGUGAAAGUGGGUCAGACUUUUUCGGGGAUGAAGCUCAGAGUGGGCCAGAGAUAAAGGUUAUCAUGAGGACUCUUUAUCGACGGGAUUUUGGCUGUUUAUGUUUUUUUAUUAUGGUUUAUAGCAAAAAUGUCUUUGUCUGCGUUUUUCAUUUUAUUGCAUAGGAAGUGGAAGAUUUAAAUGACGCGGUUGAUUUUUAUCCUGAUUGGCCAACUUUGAUUUGUCCUAGGAUAAUGUUUCUUUGGUUGAUAUCUAGCGGUCACAUUCAGGUUUUGAAAUGUGAUGGUGGCCCUUGAGGACAAAAAGCUUGUAUGGUGCAUGAUCAGUGACAUCCUCAUCUAUCAAAAUUUAACCAUAAAAAAAUGUCUUGAUGCAGAUUAUUUGGCACACAACCUCUCUCUUUCUCUACAUUUCAUUCCACUAAACACUAGUUUGUCCAUUAUCUGCUACCGUAGAAACGUGCAAGAUUGCGGCCUCUAUACGUAAUACAUGAGGCUCAUUCUGAAAUAUGAUACGAUAUGAUAUUGAUAUCAGAUAUCGGUCCGAUAUCGGCCAAAAAACAAAUAUCGGAUUAUAUCGGCCUGCAUCUAUAAUCUCCGAUGUCAACGCUCCGAUACAAGCAGUCCAUUCCAGACUCUGCUCACGCACCUUUAGCUAGCAGCGCCAGAUCCAGCAUGUAGAGCCCACGUGAUCACAACAACAGUCAGUACGUUUACAUGACACUUGAGAAAAGGGAAUUAUUGCCUCACUCUAAUAAAGACCGGACAAUUGAAGUGCGUGUAAACACCUUAGUCUGACUAUAAUCUGAGUUUGAGAACUCCGAUUGGAGUCGGAGAACUCUGAUUAAGACAUCGAUUGGAAUUGGAUUUUCUCUGCUAUGUAACCAUCAUAGGCAGAGUAUGAUCGGACAAUGCAUGUGCGCUGCGCCUCCAUAACCCCGGAACAAAAACGCCAGAGAAGAAGUGGCGCUAUCAUUUCAAGAACUUUCGACGCAGAAGCAACUGCAACAUGUUCCACUUCUAGAAUGACGAGGAGAGCGCCGCUAUGCUUUCCGUUCUGACUGAAAUGGACACUUUAAAGUAUACGGACGGUCGCAAAAUGAGGAACGGAGACUUCUUUAAAAGAGGUCCGGAAACAGCGCCGCUGAAAAGAGCGAUAUUGCCUCCUUGUUUUGGGGAGGAGGACAUGUUCACGUCAAUAGUUUGAUUUUCUCAGCUGCAUGCAAACGCAGACAAGGAGAGAAGUCUGAUUCGGUGAAAAAAACGAAUUAUGAACUUAGUUGGUGACGAUAUUGGACCAAUAUCGGUAUUGGCCGAUACUGAAGGCUACAAUAUUUGUAUCAUAUUGGAAGUAAAAACGUUGUAUUAGGACACCCUUCGCUCAACUCUUUCCUGCUAAAAACCACACAAAAACACAAAAACACCGUCCUCUAGUUUGUCAAAGCUUGUUAAGUUUACUCAUCGCCAGGCUGGAGUGAUGAUAGCAGAAACAGACACACGAGUACUAAGGCAGGUGUGUGUGUCCACUGCUCUGUGUGCAAUCCUCACACUUCGACACAAAGCAGACUGACGGGUCAGUGAUCGGCCCCACAGAGCAGCAGCAGAUUCGCCUUGUCUGAGCGGCAGGCUAAUGCUCCAGCUGACAGCUCUGACUGCUCAUCUAGCUCACCUAAUUUAUCACUUUUUUCUUUCCAAACACUGGCGCUCAUCACUCCGCCACCAGAUGAUGAGUUGUUUACUCGUUUGUGCCAAAAGAUGCUCGUACACGGCUUAGUAGUAAUACAGAUCACUUGCCUUUUUUAAGGGUAUGAAAAGUAUCUGAACGCUGGAAAGAUUUAGUGGUGGUUGUGUUUCUUUUAGAGUUUGCAGCAGGAGUAGAAGAAGUACUGACAUAGGGUGGUUUGUUAGUCCAAGACACUAAAGUCAACAGAGAGAGAAGUCAUUAUAAUUUAGACAGUGUGAGCUUUUCUUUCAAGCUCUUGUUUGCAAAUUUAAAGGAAGUUAUUACAUCUUUUAGAAAGUAAAAUAAAGAUUUGUCUGAGAAAACUUCAUCUAAGAAGUUAAUCUACCUGAUUCUUCAACUUUCAGAGUGGAUGGUUUGAUUUGCAACAGCCUAGAUCCAAUUCUUCACAUACUUAUGUGUUGCUUAAAAACAUAAUUUUGCCACUUGAACGUCUGUUUUUCUCAGUUAUAAGGCAAGCACCCCAUGAACAGAGACUUCAGUCCUCUGGCCCUAGUUUGUGAAUUGAUGCUAAACUCUCUCCUCUUAUCUCUGUCCUCACAACUAUCAAGAUCAAGUUCUACCAAAUAAUAUUAUUAUUUCAUGUCAGUAAGAACAGUUAAAUAUGAUUCGAGGCAUGCAGGAGAAAGUCUUUUUUUUCCUUGUUUUUAGAAAGUAUUCACACUAAGUCAAUUUUUACAUUUCAUAGUAUCAAACAGCACCGAGGCCUUUGAAAAUCUAAAUCCACACUUGUAUAGUAACACCCAAGAUACAGGAGCAAGAGAGAGAGAGAGAGAGAUGUCUUAACAUGUCUGUAACUCAAGUCAUGUUUCUCCCCUCCUGCUGUGUGUCCGCCGCCUGCUCCGCCCUCUACACCUUCAGCUGCUAGUCCAAUCAGUCUUUUUAACAGUUUCCUUUGUGUUUUCCAUCAGUCUUGACCUUUAACAGCUUUACAGCACUUAAAUAUUUCACUACCGUCAUCUAAAGGUGGUCUGUCUGAACUAGCGCUGUGUGCAGACUGACAGUCAAAAGUAACAGAAUUUAUCCAUGUUUGGUUGUUUUUUCUUAAGCCACGGUGUCAAAACUGUUUCUUUUGGUUUCAUAUCAAAGUUCAAAACUCUGCUUUUGUUACAGCUCUUCUACUUUCAUAUGUGCGGGACUCAGUUGCAAAAAAUGUAAGAGGGAAAAACUGGAACAAACAGUUCCUUAUUAAGGCUGUCACUUUGAUUUUAAGUGCUCUGAAGAAACCGCGGCGUAAAAGUUCAUCAGAGAACAUAACAUGUAAAAAUCAAAAUGAAAUUGUUGAUAUUUUAACUUGUCUACCAUGAUCCACGAUAUGAAGAAGUGGUGUAAUGUAGUUUUAUUUACUUGAGCAAGUUGUUGAUACUAAAACAACAAAGUUUACACCGAAAACAAACUUGGCCCACGAUUUCUUCACCUGGCUGCAUUUUGGUCCUGAAACAUACACCUCGACUUUGUUAUGUAAUGUCUAAUAACCUUUAGCUCCAUUGCUAAAAUAGGCAUGGUCAAGUAAUGCAUAACAUGACAGAAACCAGCAGGAGUCCUGCUGACAGUCCAGACUGAUGUGAAGAUCAGAUGUAGCGGUUCUACGCUGGUGCCAGUACUUACAUCACUAAAACGGAGCACAUCCUGGCCUCAUGUGACCGAAACUCUAAAUACAAUCUCUCAGAGUCUGAUGAAAUAGAAGGAGUGCAGGAUGAUACAUCUGGUACAAUAAAUCAAGCAAUUAAUGAGGAAGAUAUUAAAUCUAAAAAGAGCGUUAGUGGACAGAAGAAUUGAAUUAGAUGUUAAACGCAGCUGAAACAACACUCAUCAGCUGAUCUAGCCAGGUUUACAGGUUGAUAUUAACACAUUUACCAGAGUUAGAUUGAGGUAAUUAAUGUCCAAUUAACCCUUAAAAUUUUACUCAAACAGCUCCGGAUAGUUAAGAUGUAACCCAAGGGCAGGGCUAGACUCCAGAGAGCUGGCACUCCUCGACUGUUGCAAGUUAAGACCUCUUUUUUAAUGGGCAGAAACCUGGAACAAACCCACUCCUUGGUGGUCGUCCAUCUUCUGCAAACAGCAGACCUAAAUUAGCGAGGAUGUGGCAACGUCAGAAAGAGGGAGAUAGAUGAAGAGACAGUCAGACCGGCAGACGUAAACACGGCAAUAAAAAUAACAACAGAUGUAUAAUGAGCCGAGCAUGAGCAUCAAGUUUUAUGUUUCAUUUCUCGAUUUAGGUUCCAGCGAUGUUUCCUAUGCGAAGAAGCCCCCCAACCGAGGCCUCCUCCACAGUCUCUUCUGCUGUCUGUGUCAUCAGGAAUCAGAGCCUCCGCCGGUCAAAAAUAAUGCCCCCCUGUUGGUCGAAGAAAAUGGGAGUCUGUCCAAAGUAAGUUCUCCUCUCAGCAUCUCUGUCCGGUCCACUCUUCCUUGUGGUAUCGGCUUACUCUCACCUUGCCCCUUGACCGUCUUUAAGCAGCAUGUGGUCAGCACUGCAAGAAACACAUGUAGUCUUGGCGCGGAGGUUUUCGUGUUUACAAGAGCAUUUCUCAUGGGCUUGGAAGUAAUCAACGCCAGUGUUGAAAAGUACGCCGUGUUCGGACAUCAAUCAGGAUGAUUGGGCACACGGAGAGGGGCGGGAAAGUCUCAGGGGUGGGUGUCUGAUUGGAAGCUGACUGCGUUGCAAAAGCUCAAGGGCAGCUACUGUAGGUGUGCCAGUGAGAGGCACAUUGCACAGGCUGCAGUGUGGGAGAGGCCACAGGGUUUAAAACAACUGAGAGAUAUAAAAAAGUGAUUAUAAGUGAGGGGUGCUUGGAGUUUAAAGGGGUUUGUUGAGAAGAUCUGAAAGCACUAGAGCUUGAGGGAAUUGUGUAUUUCUAUGUAAGGCUUGGUUGAAGGUGCAACACGUGAAUGGUGAAGAUGCACGCCAAAACAGACUGAUAGUCCAUCAGAGAGUGACCACAACUCCUUUACAUAACCUUUUGGACAAUUGACAAUUCCGUCUUGGGUUACACCGAGUAGAUAUUCUUAGAAAACAACAUGACUUGUGAGAGUUAUGGUCUUCAGAUCAAGUGGUCAAAGCGUUCUCAGGUGUCAUUUUCAGAUUAAUGCCUGAGUUCAGCCUUUUAUAGAGAUUUGAUAUUCCAGAAGUUAUUUGUCACGGCUCCCCAAAGCCCCAAAAAUAAAUUGCAUGGUCUCUGGCAAAGGAAAAAGGGGGGUUGAGUCAAGUGCUAGGCUCAGUUUUGGUUGUGACAACUUGUCAUGUCAACUCGCAUGCUGCUGCUCCUGUUGCUGUUACUCUCUUGGGCGCGCUGCAGUCUCGGUGCCUCCCCCCACCAGCUGUGUGAAUAUCCACUCUGAAUGGACCCUACAGUCACCUGCCUGUCAGUUGCACUUGGACUCUGCAGGAUCCAGACCUGAUGCAUGGAGUAAAACCCUCGAGCGAACGAAUCCAAGACUAAGAAGUAAUCACUUAUGUAUUUGGAAGACUCUGAGAAGAGAAGCAGCUCUGAAGAAGAGGAGUCUUCUGCUGAAGCCAUGAUCUCUGAGCAAUGCCAGGAUCCCAAAUCAACAGAAGCUGAAGACUCAAGCAGCCCUUCGAAGGAAGGUGCUGAACUCGGCAUGAAGGUCCUUGAGGAAUAUACUGAACGGACUGAUAACAGCGCAGUAAUGGAUUCCUCUCUGCUCUGUGUGGAUAACUGUAACUUAACUAAAGAUGAAAAUGAAAACUUCACAUUUUGUAGCGGACACUCUGAGAGUUUCGAGCAAUACCCUGAGAGCGAAGGAUCUUUCGACCAAUCCGUUGAUAACUGUGACACUUCAGGGUUAAGCCAACCAUUCGACGAAUGUGCUCAACACUGUGAGUGUUUUAAACCUUCCAAGUCCUCUGAGCACCGUGCUAAUCAUAGCUUAGCUCCUGAAUGUAGUCCUUGCUGUGAACAUUGUGCAGAACACCUCCAGAUAUGUCAGCAAUGCAAGCCCUCUGAUCAACAGUUUGAGUCUUUUGACUCCGAGCCAGAUCCAUUGGCAUUAAACUGCGAUAGUUUCGAGCAGUGUGAAAUGUCUGAUUUCAUACCUGAAUGUGCGGACGACUCGCAGCGGUACGAGUUGUCCGACCAGCAGAGCGAGUGCCUUGACUCUGAGCCAGAGGCAUCGGCGGAGGACUGCGAGCAAUGCCAAUCAGACGGUUUCACGGCUAAUGUCUGUGACUCGGUAGACUCAUCGGACUUUGGUGCUGACCCUUAUGAAUAUGAGGGCAAUGAGGAUCAAACUGAAUACAGUGAAGAGUAUCAAGAGGAUGAAGAUGAAGAGAGCUGUCGGCCUGAAGAAGAGGACGAGCCGAAUGAGACUCAGCCUACUGAAGAAGAGUCCAGCAGUUAUCUUUAUGACAAUGAAGACGUUCCUUUUACAGAGGAGUGUGCUGAAGAAGACUGUGCAGAAGAAAUCCCCGCUGACCCCAGUGAAAUGUUUGAAACCGAUUACCCUGACAUGAGCCAAGAGUACGAUCCAUCUGAUCAAUGUGCGACUUCAGAGCCGUGCCACUCUUGCAAGACCUCAGGUUUCUGCAGCGAAGAGGACGGCUCCUCGUAUUCCUCGUCUUUUGAAACCAAAUCCUUCAAAACCUGUCCUCCGUUCAGCAUUCCUUGCGAUCGCUGCUCUGAUACAUCUGGAGAGUCUGAAAAAGGAGCUGCGGAGGAUGAGGAGGGCGACGAGCAGCUGGGCUGGGACUCUUUUGAGGAGGAUGAAUACACAGAGCCAAGCAAUGUUGACGAAAGUCAGGAGGACACGAUGAAAACACCAACCGUGGAUAUUGUUAUCGAGGACUACUUCGAUCUCUUCGAUAGAGCAGACUAUUUUGGACAAAGCUUUAAACAAAAGCGUCAGUACACCUCCUGCUUCGACGGAGGAGAUAUCGACGCUCACUUAUUACAUGAAGCGGUCCAAUCUGAGGCCAAGAAACUUGUAAAGGAUGCUUACAAAGUCAUAGAUGAGGAAAUCAAGACAGAGGAGGAAGAGGAGGAAGAGGAGUCGUGUUUCGAUGCCUCUGAAGAAGCAUGUGAGGACAAUAACGAGGAUGGGGAAAGUCCGAGAGAUGAUACGUCCUGGGGGGAACAACCCGAGGACUGGACAGUAGAAUCAGGAUCGAGUUUAGAGAAGGAAACAGAAGCGGAGAUUAGUGAGGAAGCGGAGGAAGAUGAUGAGGCGUUUGAGGGACAUGUCUCUGAAAGCUCCAAUGAAGAGGAGUCAGAGGAAGAGAGUAUGUGUGCUCCAUGUGCAGAGGACAUCGCCGUUGAAGGUGAUGCUUACGAAGAUGAAAUCUCAGGUGUUGUUCAGUCUGAAUCUCCUGACGUACCUGAGAUCAGUGACUUACCAACAAGCGUCACAGAGAGCGGGGACGAGCUUGAGCCAAAUGACAUUGAAUUUCUGGACUGCUCAGAGAUGGAGCCGUAUUGGUCUCUUGUAGAUCUUGAAGUAGAUGGAGAAGUGUUUGAGCCAGGUGUUGAGGAGUAUUACCUUUAUCAAAUGAUAAGCAUCCAGUUGUACGUUAAACAGGAUGGAUAUGAUAUCCACGAAACAGCUAGCGAGGACCCUGAAUUGACGAGUUUAGCGUUUUACUCUGUUUCUGAGAGAACAUCUGACGAAGAGGAAUCAGACGAAGACCCCGAAUACAACGAAAUUUCCAGAGUAUUAAAGCUGCCGUCAGAUAUUAUUCAUAGUGUUUCGAAAAGCGAGGACGCUAAUGUGCUGGCCAAAAGGACUGAGGACAGCGAGGCGUCCGAGCAAAGCACGGAUUCAGAAGAGGAGCAGACUGAUGAGGAAGUGUCUGAGAUCUGUGAAUGCGAGUACUGCAUCCCACCGAUAGAGCAGGUACAGUAACUUCACUCUCAGUUUAGAGGAAUAUAACGAUUAAACUGAGAUUAUAUCUGCAUAAAGUUUAAAUAACCAUGAAUAGAGGCAACACUGUCGGUCUAUUUUUACACGUUCAUCACUUGACCGUACCAUCUGCACUCAGUAAUGAGCAGGGGGAGAGCUCAUCUGCACAUCUUGGCAGAUUUUCUGUGUCAAACUCCGGGUCUUUCAUUAUCGUCACAUGUCACCUCGCUCCACACAUGCUCCAGCAUCACUCGCUGACUCUUCGGUCCGGCCAACUUGUUUUUAGCAUCAGAAUCACAUUAACCAACACCGAUCCCUGAGCACUUGUGGAAAGACGAAACACAGAGUGGUGAUACUUGCAUGCUCCGUCAACAUGGCAGCAGCUGGAGCAUCCCAAGCUUCCUGUAACCCCCUUAACAAGACACCACAGCACAGUUUAGACACCUCACUGACGAGAAAUACACACAAAUUAGCAAAAAGUCUCACCUGACUAAGUGACCUGGGCCUGUUUUUAAGAUAGCAUCGUAAAUACAGGUUCAAAUGUGGACUUGGAAGCUAGAGGGGUUUUUUAUUUACAUCCAAAGAGCUUUAAAUCUAAGUUUCCUCUCAUUCUCAGGUUCCAGCUAAACCUCUGCUCCCACGGAUGCAAUCCAACGAUGCGGGGAAGAUCUGUGUGGUCAUUGAUUUGGAUGAAACACUAGUGCAUAGUUCAUUUAAGGUAAGAUGGCCCGUCCAGCCUACUGUCCUGCAGUCUCACAUUUGUUAUACUGUGCUCUGUACUACUGUCAUUAUUAUUAAAUUUGGGUAUUUCCGCAAUAUACUACACAAACAAAACUCCAGAGGCUUUGACAUACUAGGAUUCUGACAUAAAUCAUUAUUUUCUUCUACAAUUCUACCAUUUCAUUUCAUUUUUUUAAAUAAACAUCAUAAUAUUUUGACAUUUAUUGUGGAUGUAAUCCUCGUGUAUCUCUAUAUUAGUGUCCCGGUUUGUUGACUUCUUGAUAGAACAUUGGCAGGAAACCCGCAUGUUGCUCAUUUCAUGGCAUGGAGCUGUAACUUCCCAGAGAUUUGUAAUCACAGUGAGAUCAUCCAAGCAGCAGCUGUCUGUUCACGGAAGUUAUCGCUCACAUCGAAGAAAUCAUUGAGCUCAUGCUGCUGCUUUUAUCUUGGUAUUUUGAAACAAAGUCGAAAAUAUAGAACAACAUUUAGCAAUAUUCUCUUCGUACAGUCUGGCCAAAUGUAUAAAGAGCUGUGCUCAUGCUAGACAAAACUUACAGCAUAAUAUUUAUAUUAUUCUUCAGAACAGAGUCUUGGCACAAAGAAAAUUGUGUCUGCCUUAAUAUUGAACUAUGCGUUUCGAUGUGAAUGUGACUUACGAACUCACAUCAAUUUUUACUUCAGUUACGAAGUUAAACAUACGAAUCAUACGAUCCAAAAUAGUCUCUUAUACUUAAGAAUGCAAUGUUGGAUUUCUACCCAUAUCUGAUAUUUUAAUCAAUACUGAUAUUGAUUUCCAUUUACACUCCCUUUAAGAACAGAUAAUACCAAAUCACUCCUGUGCUUGAGUUUACCUGUUUCUCUUAUUGUGGCUUAAAAAACAACAUUUUAUUUGAGCAUGAAUGAUAAAUGUAUUCUUUUAUUUUAAAUGAUGACGUUCAAGAAAAAAUAUUCCCAUCAGCCCAUCAUCGGUGUGCAUAAACUGUCAUCACAUGCCCAUAAUUGAUACACCACAACGUCAUCUGCUUCACAGAUCUGCACAAAGUUGCGUAGCUGCUUCUGAUACUGAUAAUUGAUUUUUUUCAGCUGUUAUGUGCUGAUACUGGUCAUGUUCUGAUUACCUUUAUCAAUAAUGAUUAUAAAUAGACUGUUUUAUGAAUAAACAAACUGAAUCAACAGAUAAAAAGGACAAAAAGCCUGUAGGAAAAUAUUGGACCACAGAAAAGAAAGGGGAUUUGUUGGUUUUACAGGCAGUUUAAAUACGACAUUGACCCUGAGACGAUGUUAAAGUCUAUUUUUGCAGGAAUAAUCAUGAGCUUUAUUGACAUGUUCACAUUUGAGACACAGUUUAGCUUCAUAAAAUUUGAUUUAUGUAGAAAUUUAUGUAAAUUUAUCUGUUUGGACUCAAAUCAAAACUACACAAAUGGACUAAAAGUUGAACCUGCAGCGUAGCUACGACUGUUUUUUGCAAAUUCGUAUUAAAAAAUCUGCACUAAAUUUUUUUUUUGUUCCGCACACAUUUUUUAGAUUUCAAUCAUCAUUAAAAAAAAUUUAGUGUCCUCAUGUGCUUGUUUCAUUUAGUCUUCAAUUACUUGAAAUUUGCAAGUAUUCAGAAAUAGAUCUGACACUGUCAUCAAGUGUGACUGUCAAAGAAAACAACCCGCUUGCCAAGCUAAAGUGGGCAAAAAUAGCAGUGGGAUUUGCACCUCAUCAUUUUGCAUAUUUUUAGAGGGGAGAUGACUUAUUUUUAUCUUAAAUGACUUGUGUCCACGAGCCACAUAAGCAUUGACCACUGAUUUUAUGACCGCUCCAGUUUCAUGAUGGAAACCCACCUGCACCCAGGUUUCAAAGUCAGGUCCAAAAAAGGACUGGAAGUCUGGGUUUAGAGAUGCAAAUGUAGGACGAGAUGAUAAUCAGCCGUUAACAGUACAGAAUUAAAAGUUCUGAGAGCUUUUUACUAAAUUAGGGCUUUUCUUUAUUAACACGAAUCAAACUUUAGAGUUACAACCUUUAAAAAGAGGGUAAACCAGUCCUCGAGAGCGCACCUCGAAUAAAACUUUUAAAGUGAACGUCACGUCCUCCAAACAACCACCGCAAGUUUUUUGAUCACUUUUAUACCUUUUAAGGAAGCAUCCAGUGAACAAAGUAAUCAAUGCCAAAAGUCAAGGCUCCCAUGUCACGACAAAUUAUGUAAUGAAUGCCAUGUGGUGUUUAGUCCUUCUCAGGUCACAGACUGUCCUAAAGGAUGUCACUGGAUAUUGCCGCAGGCUAUGUGUAAACAGGGUCAGACUCUGUGAACUCCAUGUUUAACACAAGGUGGAUAAUAAAACUCAUUAUUACCGUGACCGACAUACCAAAAAUAGAGUUAGGUAGGACAGUUUUAUGGACAGGCAGGUGCGUCUGGCCUCAUUUUCUUUACACUUUUAUCAAUGAAGGAAAUAAGAAUCUAAAUAUAUAAAAUCAAACAAUUAAACAAAAGCACGAAAGCCGUGUGAUCUUAAAGGUGUAGAACGGCUGAAUAUUAACGUUAAACUAUUACUCCGAUGUCGCUUGGGGGGUUUCUCAGCUGAUGAGUUGAGCAAGCUGACAUUUUUCAAGAGGUCAAAGGUCAAAUUAUCCUGAUUUAGUCUGCAGAACAAGUAGAACAAAUAUAUCAACACAGUUCAGGUAUGUCCUCUUUAAAUAUCGUGACUGCCACGUAAUAUUCUGGCCACAAAAAACACAGGAUAGAGGCCUGGACUGAUGAUUUUUUAUAGUGAUCAAAAAAAUUCACAAACUAAUGUACUAAAUAUGUCCAAAUAGUGGCAUUUUUAUUUGAUUCUUACUCUACUAAAGUACUAAAGACUGAAAUCUGACUGUGUUCUGUUAAAUAAUAUCAAUAGAAAUAUAAAUUAUUGUCUCAUCCUGCCGACUUUUGACAGUGAAAUGUCACAUCUAUUGCAAAUUGUUUCUGCUUAAAUUAUGAACGAACAUUAGGGUUUCUACAGCUGCUAGCCUGAAACGUUAAAAUCAGGAUAUAAAACUCGUCAAUCUUGUCUCUAAUCAUCUUAAUACAUCAGUAUAAUCAUCUUCUCUCCUCACAGGAGCUUUAAUAAAGAAAUAGAAGUUUUAAAUAAACUUUUUAUCCCUCUAGGCACCAGAAUUUGUUGUUCUUGAAAUAUUUCUAUGCCAAUCAUAUGUUAUGUCUAAACUGUCGCACUGGGCUGUGGCUGCAGAUAAUGGCGACGACCAUAAGGCUCUCUUAGCCAAAUAUAAACAAACAGUGUUAGCAGAUGGCAGCUUGUGGCAUCGUGCAGUUUAGCAGAAGUUUGAUCCAGAAAAUUAAGAUCAAGUUUUAUGUUUGCUGUUUCUAAAUAAGCUGGCAUAUACCCACUCGACCAAAGCGGUGUGUUUACAUCCUUGGCAUGCAGAAAAGACUAAAAAAAUGGUUGUGUUAGCUCGCUGAUAUUAGCCGGAUUUGGUGAAUUUUUUUUUUAUAUUUUUACCCCUGGAGACUCGGUGAUCAGCCGUGUUAGAGAGUGUCCUAAUUGUUGAGCUGUAUGGCAAACGCAACAAAGUCAUAUUCGCCCCUGAGGAGUGUAGAUGUGAUAAAAACAGUGAACAAAAGCCAAGAAAUAGCAGUCGGAUUGAUAUUUGCCAAGAAGAAAAGCUCACAUGGAAACUAAACACCAUCUUCUCAGUGAUAGAUAGGAGAGAGAGCCUGCCGCAGCGAGUAGCAGGCACGGCAAAGAGGCUAUGAGCUGGCAAUUCAAACCAGAAUUAGUAAGUGUGAAUACGUGAUUUGCAUUUGGACCAAAAACUGUUUGAGCUCCUGUUCAGGCUGCUUUGGAUUCCAAAUUCAAUAUUUUAAGAUAUAUUUGAAGACGAGCAAGAAAGGAGGAGAAAAGCUGUGACUGCAGAUGUAUUCAAAGGCAGGAUAAAGUCGAGUAUCUGCAUUUUUCACUUCCUCAUCUUGAUUGUCGUUAAACUCCCCCUGUCAUACUUACAUUACCUCAUAGUGUACAUAUUCAUACCAGGGUGUAAAGUCUUACAGGCUGGGGGCAAGACUUAUACAUGAGAAGGGUGUUUGAGGACCAAGACCUGUCUAAAGAUAUGAGAUAUUUUGACGAGUGCUGUCACUUUCUGUAAUGAGUUACUGAGAUGGAAAUGACAGGAGACGUAUCUUUUUAGUGAUGUGUAAAGUUGGCGUCUUCAUGUCUGUUUGGUACAUUUUGCUUAUAAUCUGCAUAAUAAAGAAAAAAGUUUUCUCUGUUUUUAACGCUCGACUUUUCUUCUCAACAGCCAGUGAACAACGCGGAUUUUAUCAUUCCAGUGGAAAUUGACGGAACAGUUCACCAGGUAGGAAAAUACUGUUUUUGUCUUACAGCGCUUACAGAGUUUGUGUAAUGUUGCUAGACUUCCUGCCCAAAGCCCCAAAGAUUUAUAUAGAUGCAUUCUGAGAGCAGGACUGGCAACACGCCACGAACAUAUGUCACGCAAUAAUCAGUCUCACACAAGUCCAAACUUAAAGUUGAAGAUGUAUAGGAUCCAAAAGUAGGGGAGAAAUAUUAGAUACGUCUACUUAGUGAGUCCAGUUUGCAUUAGCAGCACAGCGCUAGCAGACUGACAGAGCUGUGGCCCUCUCUGUUGAUGGCUCCAAGCAGCAGGUGUCUAUUUCCAUGGCCUGACGAAAUGAGGAAACCCUGGCAGGCUUCUCAGAAAUCACUGCCAUCAAUCUCGCUCCGUGGCGCGUAUUAUGCACUGCUCAUUGGUCCUCUGAAAUGGCGGUGACUUUUCACCCCCGCAGGAGUUAAAUGGUAACUGUUGUGCUGGGCCUCUCAGAAGACAGAGGAGCUUUGUUGUCCCAAAAGGGCCUGGGUCUGUUUCAAGUAAUCCAGGAUAGGCUUGUUAAAGUGGGGAAAGCCUAUUCGGGACGACUUGGUUCAGAAACAGGGCCGCCAGCAUCUCAGUGGAAGUAGAGAUUUAGUCAGGGCUUGACACUAACUUUUAGUUGAAGGAACACAAAGAACUUUAGGGGCACAAUGAAAAUUGAUCAAAUAAUGUCUGUCGUAUUGGACGACAUAAUUAUUUUAAAAUUAUUAUUUUAGGUCUUUAGUUCACAUGACAUGGAAGCUUUUGAAGGAGAACGGCCUGUUUUGAGAACACCAACCGGUAACUUAUUGACGGUCCCUUAUUCAACACACGAUGUUGACAGCGAGGAGUAGAUUUAACCGCGCUGCUGUUGCUAUUCCUGGUUAUCAAGAGUGAGAAGACACCGGUAGAUCCGCAGUGAAUAUCUGUCAAAUAUCCAACCUAAAACUAACUUCAUUUCGACUAAUUUUUUUUUGCUCACAUGUGCCCCUUAAUACAUUUCACAAUUUGCGCACAUCUACUUUUAGUUGCUAAUGCGAGUGAAACAGUCGCACUGUCAAGCUUUAAUAGUAAUAGUAAAUAGUUAAUAGUUUAAUAGUUAAUAGUAAACUUAAAAAAACUUAAAAGGCAAAAACUAAAACUAAAAAAAUUAAAAGGCAAAAACCAAAACUAAAAAAAAAUUAAAAGGCAAAAACUAAAACUAAAAAAAAAUUAUAAGGCAAAAACUAAAACUAAAAAAACUUAAAAGGCAAAAACUAAAACUUAAAAAAACUUUUUAAUCUAAUAAUCUAAUCUAAUAAGGCAAAAACUCCUUUCCACGUAUCGAUUAAAAAUGUGUGACAUGUGAGAUAAGGUCGUCCCUGCCAUCAUCUUUAACCAGAGUUUUGAUCAAUCAGAAUUAAAUGCAAGCUGAGCAAAAAGAUGCUAAAUCUGUCAUUUUUAUGUCUCAUGAAAAUCUUUUUAAUUUCACUCAACGAUUAGCGCUCACGGCCAGUCGACAUGUUUACUACACGGUGCGGGAGAGUACAGGCCAAAGUGGCUUGAAGUUGUUGAAAGCAGGGCAAGAAGUAUGCAGUGUGAGCGAUUACAUGCUCCUCUGAGAGCUCUCUCGACACAGCCUGCACAUGUCACAGCCUGCAAAACAGCUCAGCCCUGAGUGCCCUACAACCCAAACUGAUCUGCAGCCAUGUUAGAUUAAGAAACUUGAGAAACUUGAACAAAGCAUCAUUUAAAACCAAGUAUCAUGCAUUUAAAUAAUGAUGUGAUUCACUGUGUCUUCAUUCAGGUGUAUGUGUUGAAGAGACCCCACGUCGAUGAAUUCCUCAAGAGGAUGGGAGAAAUGUUCGAGUGUGUCUUGUUCACUGCGAGCUUAUCUAAGGUAAGACCGCUGUUUUUUACUCCGUGUAGAUUUUGAAGCGGUUUGCAGAUGAGCGCAAACAAACCCGUUGCAGAAACGGACACCUGUUUUUGUCGGGAAACAGUCGGCUCUGAAUUACUGGAAGCCCGGUGUUGUGUGAUUUACGGCUGACCUUUCACUCACACUUGCCCAAAUAAAGAUUUAUUUAUGAUAGCUGUCGGUCCACUGCACAGACAUCUUAACCUCUAACAUUUACUCUAAAGCCUUAACCUCAGCCUUGACUUAGUUUUGUGAAACACUUGGUCAGUUAUAACCCGGUGACUCACUCUGUGUUGAUUAAUGAGAUUGUAGUUGCCUUGUUUGUCUGCAGCACGUGACGGUAUUAGGAGGAUUUGGUGACCUCCUUCUGAAACCAAAUGCUGAUGAUUUGAAUGUGAGCGAGCUUCAGCACUGCAGAUAUGACCCUAUAGCUUACAUGUACAGUAUGGAUGUGCUCGAACCCGAGCAUUGACAUAUGAUGCAGCUCCUGGUUCGGUAGGUCAUAAUAGUCAAGUUUUAAAGGCCCACUAUUAAACAUGAUACGCUUUGAACCAGCCUGUAAAGUCCCUCAGUAUUUACAGAUUAAUAGACAUUAAACAAGUCAAAGUUUCCAGAAAGAGAAACUUUAACCUGCUGCACAGUCUUCAAAGCAACAUAGCGGCACCAUAUUUAACUCUUACUGGUGGUUUUAAAGAAGAAAAAAACUCAUCUAAUCUCAUUUUACAUCCAGUUUUUCAUGCUUCUCUCUGCAGCUUCAGAAAAAACAGGAUCAGUAUCUUCAUUUUCGAGUCUUUCAUUAGCCAUGUUUACAUGUGCAAAAUUCUUGAUUUUAUUAAAAAUGGACAGAUCGGAUAAUCUGAAUCCACUGUUAAUAUAGGUGCGAAAUCAAAUAAUCUGAUCAUGACGUGCGUAUUCAUACACCAAGUGGAACGCGCCAUCAGAGGAACCAUCAGCACCUCUGAUGGCGCCGCUGAAGAGUUGUUUUUACGCCUGUGCUGUCAACAAACUAUCAAACGCUGUAGUGGCUCAUUCCAUCCAGUUCAGGAGUUUCCCUCCUGUUAAAUCUUGUCACCAGACGGCGCCCUUGCGUACUUAUUUUACUGUUCUGUCAAAGGUUGCACUGUGUGUGCAGAUGUGACAUUAUUACGAUGAAUAGAUGCCUUGUUAUGAUAUCGGAGGAGGUUAUGAUAUCGAACUGCUAUUGUGUUCUGCUUGUGUCAAGAAGAAGGCAACAUAGAAAUAAGUCAAAUUUGAGCUACAAUGCAUAUUAGGUCAUAAAAAAGCAGAGUAUUGGUCUUAUACAAGAAGGACAGAACAGAGUCUUUCAUAAAAGAUUGUUUUUGCAUGUAGAAGCAUUGAAAUGAUUCAAAUAGACAAAGAAAUUACAGAGUUUGUUGGACUUUAAAGUUCUCAGAUUUUCCAUCCCACCUUCAACCACAUGAGUGAAACACUUUGCAGCAUUUAGGAGGUUUCAGUGGAGAGAAACACUUCCUUUAACAGGCAGAACCAGACUCAUGUAGGACAGUCAUUCAGCAUAGACUACAUUUCCCAUGAGCAUUAUCACCCAGUUGUAAAGAUGCAUCUAUUAAAGGCAGCUCUUUGAUUACACUCAGCUUUGCAACUUUUAAUGAGUUUUAAUGUACGACUCUGGUCCCUUGUGUUUUCUCAGUAUGCAGAUCCUGUAUCAGACCUGUUAGACAAAUGGGGGGCUUUCCGCAGCCGUCUCUUCAGGGAGUCGUGUGUUUUCCACAAAGGGAACUACGUAAAAGACCUGAGCCGCUUAGGAAGAGACCUCAACAAGGUCAUCAUCAUCGACAACUCUCCGGCCUCCUACAUCUUCCAUCCCGACAAUGCAGUAUGUCCUCCAGAUUCCCCUUUACAUUACAAAACAUGUGAUUUAGGACACUUGGAUGUUUGUCUCUAAAUCUCACUUUUACUCGUCAUUUACGAACUCUUCCACUUCUCUCUCAAUCUCCAGGUUCCUGUCGCGUCCUGGUUUGACGACAUGUCCGACACAGAGCUCCUCGAUCUCAUCCCCUUCUUUGAGAGACUUAGUAAAGUAGACGACAUCUAUGAUAUUCUCCAGCAGCAGCAGAGGACUUCAAGUUAA